AUGGCCUACAGUACAAGUGAGGGUGCUGACUACCCUAUUGUCGUCGACAAUGUCUCCGAAGCCGACACAGACUGGAGCCCUGGACUCGAUUUAGACGAUUUGCGCGAGCUCCAAGCGGCACAACAGGACCCGACUAAGAUCGUUGCAAAGCUGCCAAGGGAAGCUUCUCGGAUGGGUUACUACGCGACGAUCUGUUUGAUCUUCAAUCGUAUGAUUGGGACGGGAAUCUUCAACUCUCCAUCCGUCGUUUUCACAAAUACCCAAAGUAUCGGCCUGUCUCUUAUCCUAUGGGCGAUCGGUGGUAUCAUGGCACUUGCAGGCGUCAUUGUUUAUAUAGAACUUGGUCUUACCAUACCCCGUUGGCCACUUGGUUCAGAUGGGACCAAAAUAUCCACACCGCGGAGUGGCGACGUCUUGAAUUAUUUUAACUACAUGUUAAAGCGUCCAUUAUUCCUUGCGACAUGCAUGUUUGGCAUAAUAUUCAUCAUUCUCGAGAACACCGCGGGAACUUCUGUGUCCUUCGCCCAGAGUAUCCUCACAGCCGCUCACACCAAACAAACCCCUGGGAAGAUUAUCGCAAUCGCUCUAUCUGCCAAUACAUUCUGCUGUCUGCUCCAUGCUGUGUCGAGGAAAUGGGGCAUAAUAUUGAACACCUUCCUAGGAACCGUCAAACUGCUUCUCUUGCUCUUCAUCAUCAUUAUUGGAUUUGUCUGGCUCAAUCGUGAUACCGCAAAUCACAACUUCGAUAGCAAGACCGCUUUCAUAUUCGACAAUAGCCCCAAACUACCUUAUAGGUAUGCUGAGGCUAUGUUAUACAUCAUCUUGCCUUAUGGUGCCUUUCAUCAGAUUAAUUACGUGCGUUUUACAACUUUACACCAGGUUAUUUCUGAAUUACGUGAGCCGCGAAAGACUUUUCCUCGGGCUUCUUUCAUUGGAGUUCUCACCAUAGUUAUUAUAUACACAACUCUUAAUAUUCUGUUCGCAGCCAUCAUCCCCAAAAGCGAACUCUUCAAGCUACCAGGAGGCAUAGACGUUGGACAGCGAUUCUUCGAUCUCACGCUAGGUCAUGUAGUUAAGAACGAGAACCACCUAAUCACAUUUUACGCAAUAAUCAAGGUCAUCUCAACCGGCGGGAACCUCAUCGUCGUAACAUUCACCACAGCGCGAGUAAAGCAAGAAAUAGCCAAAGAAGGCAUCCUCCCCUACUCUCUCCUUUUUGCCGAAAAUUACGAUAUCUCUUGGGACCGACUCAGAGGCCGCACUUCUCCCUCCUCGGAACGAACUCCAGCGGCUACUCUCGCUCUCCACUGGAUCAUCACAACAAUCCUAGUCGUUAUCCCCGUCCUCGCCAUACAACCAGUCCCCUAUUCCUCCACUGCUGCAUAUUCAUACCUCACUACCGCCUUUGUCUAUAACAUCAACCUCGUCAUCUUCACCGUCGUCGCAUUUGGCCUCCUCUGUCUCCGCUUUACACCCAACGUCCACUGGGCCCAGAAGUCCUCACUCAAAUACCCACUAUUAUCCAUCAUCGCAGCACUAAUUCUCUUGAUCGUCAACAUCUUUCCCUUAAUAUUCCUCUGGGUCCCCGACCCUUCAUUCCCAAAAGCUACACACACUGGCGGAGCAGUAGACUGGUUCGCAGGCCAAACAUUCGCCUUGUGUCUCCUUGCCUUCGCGUUCCUCUACUGGGUUAUCUUCCGCGCUGUAAUUAGUGUGAGGUCGAGAAGGGAGGGAAAAGUCUUGCACGUGAGAAGGAAACCGAUUUUUAAACAUGAUGCGAGGGGACUAACGCAGGUUAUGGAGAUUGUUAGCUUGGAGUGGAAGAGGGAGGUCGGGAUGAGGCUUGAUGAGGUUGUAGAUGAUGAGGGGGGCUUUGUGGGGUCGAGUACGGUGUCGAUGCCUGCGUGGGAGAGAGCUUCGGAGGUGGGUAAAGGGGCUGCUAGUGUGCAUGAGAUAGGGCAGCAGAGGACGGUGAGGAGGAAACCUGUUAUGUCUGAGUUGUUGGGGAGCGUGGAAUAG